UGCAGCGAAAAACAAUGUAUUUUCUUCAAUGUACAGAUCUACCUGUAGUUUCCAAACAAUGUCAUUCGAGGAAUUAUUAAUAAAUGAAGUUCAAGCUAGGCCAUGUUUAUAUGACAUGAGUCGGCAAGACUACAGGGAUAUGAAUUUAAAAUCAAAUAACUGGGAGGAGAUUGGAGCAUUGCUCGAUGUUACAGGACAGCAAGCGAAAGAAAAAUGGAAGAAUUUGAGGGAUAAGUUUGUUAAAAUUAAAAACAAACAUGAGAGUAUUAGAUUCGGAGCACCUGGGAGCGUUGCACUAAACACUAAAUGGGAACUAUUCGACAACAUGAGUUUUUUAGAUUCAUUUGUGCAGCAUCGAAAAACGGCGUCAAAUUUUGAUUCCGAUGUCACUCAAUCAGCUGUGAUAGAAGAGGAAGAAGUGGCUAGGUCAUCAAACGAUAUUUUUUUCACACCACCUCCUAAAAGAAGAAAGGAGGAAGUAAAUAUGAAGAUUUUUAACAUCCUGGAGAAGGAUGAUGACCCCGACAAACAGUUCCUUCUUUCGCUUCUACCACAGCUGAAAAGACUUUCUCCUGAACGUGCAUCUUCGUCAAAGUUGAAAAUCAUGCAAUUACUUCACGAUGCUGAAUUCAGGAAAUGAUUUAAUUUUCCACUUGUAAAAUAAAAUCAAUUAAAACAGUGUAAGUCUCAAUUACUAUUACUAAAUUAAAUUCACAAUCACUUGAGAAAACUUUGAAAAUACCAUUUAUGUAUCUAUAACAAUGUAUUCUUUUUAUUUAUUUUGGCCAUUCCUGAUUACAUCACUGUGGACUCGUGGAGUAAUUGCAUGAUUUUCAUCUUGCUGCUUCGGUCAUUUUCUUCCAUUUAUCACAAAUUCUUUUUUCAAGUAAGUUUAUUUCCAAGUAUUGUAAAAUGCAUUAUGUCACACAUCACAGAGAGAAGAUCAUUUAUCACAUUAUUUUGAAUAAUUGUUUUUUUUCAAGUCGAUUUGAGCUUAAAAUAAUAACUUAUAGCAUGUCGAAUGUAUAUUCAUUUUGUAAUAUGUUCUUCCAACGAUCACAACUGAACUAGAUAAAAAUAACUUUUUUUCAUGCCAUUCUGACUUUUUGUAAUUGCCAAGCUUCAUUAACCAUGAAAUAAUUCUUGAAGUUGUCACGAACUGACGCUGCUUCCAGGGACACAAAACUAUUGCCCUCUUGUUCAUGCUAAUUCCCUUUCUAGGGCAGAGUUUCCCAAACUGUGGGCCGCCAAGGUCUUGAAAGUGUGCCGCAAAUUGUCACAAAAUUCCUAAGAUUUUUGCAACAUGAACUUUAUUACAUUUCAAAUCAGUAAUGAGAGUAGUUCGAUACCACACUUAUAUAGGAUGACCCCAAAAACGGACCCAGUCCAUUUGAAGCAUAUUGCAGGGUUUCUGUUUUUUUGGGUUACCCUAUAUAAAGAUUUAUUUCGCUAUUUUCACCGAUAGGUGAUAUAAUAUGGCACACUUCUCUAAUAUAUGUGUUAUACGUUUCCAAUGCCAACCCAACAAUGCAAGUUUGUAGUUUCUGUCAGUAUACCAGUAAAACAUAUGCAAUACAAUAUAUAUAGUACAACAAAAUAUUUUUCCAUUUACAUGAUUUCGUGAAUAUUAAUUUUCUGCGCUGACAAAAAUUAAAAGCUAAAAACGAUGAAGACUUGUUACAGUUGAACCGCGAAAUCCUAUUUUAAUCUUAUUUACUGUCAAAACGCAUGAUAUUUAAUAAGGAUAAGGGAUUUAUCAGUUUUAACUGUGCCGUGACUUUUUAAUCUUGUUGUUAGUGUGCCGCAAUCUGAAAAAGUUUGGGAACCUCUGCUCUAGGGUGACUAUUUUAUUUCUAUAUUCAUAUUUGAUUUAAUAAGCAUUGUAUUUUUAUUUCAUAUUUUUUUCAUGCUGUGUUAGACCCAUCUAGGUGUUGCUGCUCAAUAACCAGUACUGUUUUUUUAGCAUCUCCAUCCACCCUGUAAAUGCUAUUCUUAUUUUGUUCUACAGGUAUAUGUGAGUUGCGUAUGUAUCCUCAGCAUUGGUGGAAAAAUAAAUUAAUGAUUAUGUUUUGUCCCUCUCUAGAUCUUCGCAACCCACUUCACCUACCUCUGUCAAUAUAUGGUGUCUUACAAAAUUAUGCAAACAGCAUGCUGCCUUCACAACCAACUCUCCGUUUUGUGGUGACACACCCAUUGGCCUUCCUAAAAACUUUCCACGCAUUAUACCAAAUGCAUUUUCUACUACACGUCUUGCCCUGGAUGGCGCAUGGUUGAAAACUUUUUGAUCAAUCAGCAAAUUUCUUCCUGGUUAAGGUCUCAUUAAAUGCUCCUGGAGUGGGAAAGCCUCAUCCCCACUAUCACAUAUGAAGCCCUCUUCGAAGUUUUAAGCAAGCGUUGUUUCACCAAGCAAAUUCAGGGCCCUUUCAUUUAAGAGCUUACAAAGACCUGAGUGGGAGAGAACACUUCCAUCGCUCUGAAUUUGUAUGCGUUUCCCAUCUAUGCUCCCGAUGCGAUUUGGGAAAUUUCACCUUUUUUUCAUACUCAUCUGCGAUUUUCUCCCAUUUUCUCACUGUUCACGGAUUUAAGUAUUCCUCCUUGAGCGAUUGCCUGGCAUGUUUCUCUAACUAUUCCAGAAGCAGUUGAUUUAGAUGUUCUGUAGGAGUCCGCAAUUGUUGUGUACCAGUCUCGUGUUGCUGAAAAUCUGAAAUUUGUUGUACAUGCAGACGAUACAGUUUUAUUGUAUAUUCAAUAUUUGAUAAGUAUAUUCACUUAGUUUGUUUGUUAAUAUUACUCUGUGGAUAUGUAUUUUUUUUGAAUAUUUUCGUAUACAUAUUUUUUGUUACCUUAUUGAAUAUAAACUUUCAUAUUGC